AUGAAAAACAUUCUACUCUUUUCAGCGUUAGCCUUGUUCAUAAGAACAGGUUUGGUGAUUGCGACACCAGCUGAUGACGAAGUGCUGGAAAAUGAGUUCUUCUUGGCGAAACAUCAUCGUCAUACCCGUCAGGCGGAUGUCAUAACUGGUUCCGGGGAAACAUCGGGGAACGGCGACAACAAUAAUAGUUCCGGGGGAUCAGGAGACCCAGAAGGAUCUGAUGGAUCGGGGGAUACCGGAUCGGGGGGUUCGGGGGACGGGACUGGUACAGAAGAUACGACAUCCUCAAUACCAUCAACAACAACAACAACAGCUGAAAUGCCCACUACUGCGUUUACCACAACAUCAACGUCAACCACGACAACACCAACGCCAACAACGACGUCUACAGCGACUACCACCCCGCCUACUACCACAACACAAACAACUGUUGCGAUGACAACACAAACAACAACAACCGAGACGACGACGACGACGACGACAAGAGCAUCGACUACAACAACUCAAAAACCAACAACAACAACAACGCAACAAACAAAGGAAAGAAUUGCUGUUUACGUUGAGCUGAGAUUUCCUCAAAUAGUUUAUACUGACAAUACUUAUGGAACACCCGACAGCACCGAGACCGUGGCCCUUUUCAAUGAUCUAAAGCCAUUGGUGGCGAGUGCGUUUGCUGAUAUAACCGACUACACUGGAAUAGAACCCAGGAACACAAGGGAAGGCAGUGUUAUCGCUGGGUUUGAUGUCAUCUAUAGCACAGCAAAAAGCAUCACCGACGCUACGACUGAAAUCAGAGGAGUAGUUGCUUCAAUGAUAGAACCAGGUACACUUGGAGAAUUGGAAGUCGACAAAGACUACCUUAAGUUCAUAGAGCCAGAUGCUCCUAUCCAACGACCAAGUGAAAUGUCACCAGAUAUUGAGCGACUCAACUUCAAGACCAUCAGUGCAUCCAAAGCAGUGUUAAUUGCACGUCAAUUAAAGGGGGUUCCUGUCGAAAAAUUGAAGGAAUUUCCAGAUAACCGAAUUGACCGUGCGUUCCUUACAAAUUUGGAUAUUGAGCAGAUGACAACGGCCCAAAGGAGCGUCAUUGGUUUAAAGGCGGGAAAAAAGGUCGCUAAUAUGUAUAAGGCCGGUGAAGAAAAGGACCUCAACUUUGUUGCAAGUGCCAUCAGCCUUGGUAUAGUACCACAGAAGACUAUGUUAGCCAUACCCGGUGCUGAUAUGCUAGAGGUCAUCCGAAAUAUCCAAGUCUUCAAGGGGAGUAAACAACUGCGCCGCAAAAUAGGAAAAACUGUUGCAAAAGAAUUGAAAAAGAAAACCAAUCCGAUCGAAAGAAAAAACCUAUUGCUUGAUAUGACUCAUCUGAUCCCUGGUAUGAGCUUGAUCGAUUUUAAAGGACUUCUGGAGGGGGUCACGAUCGACUUAGACUUGCUUCAAAGGUUGAGAGCUGUUGAUUUGAAAGAUGACCAAGCACUUUUCCUGCUAAGCUCAACCGCGUAUGAUUUUUACAAGCUGAAUAGCAUCAGUUUGGAAUCAGUUUUGAGGUCAAUCCAUCCUAAAAUAGCAAAUCGAUUGGACGCAACUAAAUUCUCAGAAGAGCUGCAAGAACGCGUGACAAACGCUAUCAUUAAGAUGGAGGUAGAAGAACAGCGGUCACGAGACGCUAUGCCAUCCAUGAAAAAGUUUAAAACAGGGUUUUACCUAGCAAGCACACAUGCAAAGAGCGAUAUUUCUGCGGAGAAUGCCAAUGAUAUACGGGAACGGAUAACCUAUAACAGAGUGACACGGAAUCAACUAAAGGGAUUGGACGUCAGCAAACUCUGCUUUACCAGCUUAUCAUUCGAGGAUGCACCUUAUGACAUCAUAGGGGAAAUUAACAGACCCCUCUGUCGAUUUUUAGCCGACUCAUGUAGCUCCUUCUUUGGUGCAGUUAAUAAUGUCAACAUCAAUAAAUAUGGCAAACUUGUGACAUGCUUGGACAAAUCAGCAUUUGAAGCUAUUCCGAUGGAUGGUAACACGCCCGCUGUGAUCCAGAAGCUGUGCCAAUUUAGUAGUCAACUGAAUUUUGAACAGCUUGAGACUAUUAAGCGAAAGUACCUCGACUUCAAAGGCACGGAUAAGAUUGACUCAGAAUAUGAGGUCGAACAAGUCGGGUGUAUCUUCCAGGCAUUUCGUAUUGAUGAACUUGAUACUAAACUUGGCACCAAUCCUCUCAUCAAAACACGAAUUUGCGAACAGCUCGGCAAUGCUGACAUGAUAAAACUAAGAAUGAAGAAACUCAAGGAGUUCAAGGACUUUUGCAAACGGGAACCAAUGAAGGUCAGUAGCAGUGGGUUUAUUCUGAUGCCACUGUCGGCUGAUGAUAUCACAACUAACUAUAAGCAAGAAGAUAUAAUGGGAAGUUUAACACAUUUCCAACAAAGCCUUUCUUAUUGUGAAGCAAGAGAAACAGUCUGCGCAAUUACAAAAGAAGCAUACACGAGUGAAUUGACAACAACGGAAAUCUCCAGCAUGGGUACCUUGAUGGGAGAUUGCGUGACUGAUGAACAAUGGUCUUCUAUUGAUGACGGUGCACUGGUGGACUCAUACAGUUCAAUAGAGGAGCCUUAUACAAUGAUUAAGUAUUUCACGGAGAUGAGGCAACACCUUGGCGAAGAGAAACACUGCGCCUUGAAUAAUCAAGAUAAGUUAUUCAGGAAAAUACUGAAUGCAACUAGGCGAUUAGAAAAUCCCCAGGCUAGGCGCAAAAGAGCAAGUAUAAGCACCAAGCUCACUUGCUCCGAACUUCAAGAUUACACAAGUUCAGUUUUUACGCCAAGUCAGAUUACUACAUUAAGUGCUGACGAAUUCGAAAAUUGUGCAUCGAUCUUCAAGACCUUUGACCUUUCAGUAGAACAAUGUAUAGAAGUGUCUAAAAUUGCCAUGAAAGAAGAGGUAUGGGGAAGCGCAGAUUUAUGGGACGCUACCAAGAUCGAGCGUUUUGGCGGACUAGUUGCUUGUCUUCCAAGGGAGCAAAUAGAGAAACUAACAAUUAACAGCACAAAACAGGCGUACGAUAUUGGUGACGGAAGUUAUUGGAAAUCCAGAACAAAUGAGCUUUAUUCUGCGGCACAGAAAUGGAUGACUGAUGUUAAAGGAGAUGAUGCCAGCUCAAUUACAUUUACUGAACUUCGACUGAUCGGUGAUCUAGCAUGCGGUCUUGAUACUGAUCAGAUUAUGGAGAUUGAUGCUGAAAGUGUAAUUAAUGCGGUCUUCGAACUUGGAAGUCUUGAAUCCUGCUCCGCUCAACAAAAGAUAGAGUACACUAAGACGAUACUGACCACAACGGAAUAUCAGAGUUCUGUCACGGUAUGGCCAAAUGAUGCUGUGACAGACCUAGGACACCUCAUAGGUGGACUUCCAAAGGAUAGACUGUCUGACCUGACAAAGGAACAUCUGGCUGAAAUAAACCCCGACGUUAUCAAACAGGUCCCUCCCACCCAAUUUGCAGCGUUUUCAAAGUCCCAGUUGGAGUGGUUUACAUUUGAACAGGCCCGGUCAAUUACUGAUAAACAAAUCGACGUAUUACCGAAUGAUAAACGGAAAGUAAUUGCUGAAGUAGGAGAGAGGAAAGUUGAAGACAGCGGUUCAACGAGAUUUGGAAGUUCCCUGACGUGCGUAUUGAUAGCAGUGAUAAUCUACAACUUAUUCACCAAUGUGUGAUUUCAUAACAUUGGGGAUAUAUUAUACAGUAGAGGACACGCAUUCACUGACACAGUCCUUGUAAUGCAGAGUUCUUUAUUGAUAUAACCAUAGCUUUUAUUUGUGUUCAAGAAAUUUGAUAUGAAUUAUUUUCGUAACGCAACCAUUGCACACGAAAUGCUGUUAUAAUCAUCUUAUUAACUUAUGGUAUCCGAAAAUAGUCAUAUUCGAUGUAUAUUUAUAAGGGUCAUCAAUUGACCUACUGUGUAAAGAUAAAGGAGAUGCAUCAAUUCGCAUAUAGUCCAGAUAGAAUAUAUGUGCACUUUCAGUCAACAAAUGCUUUCAUCAUUGGCAAACUUACAUUGAUACCAACGCACCCAAUGCCAUCAUCGUCAUUGACUGUAGAUUUUUGUAUGUUUACAAAACAAUAUAAAGGACUGUAAAUAAUUUAUGUUUAACAUACAAUAAUGAAGCCUACUGUACAGACAAAUUAGACAAAAAUAUAUAAUGAAUAAAUCAUAUUGUUUAUGCCAAUGACGUUC